AUCAGCGUCACGACGCGCUGCAGACAAAGAAAAGGACGAGGACGAUAAAGAAAAAAAAAGGAAGGGAAGAAAGGGGGAAGGAGAGAGAAAGAGCCUACUCAGGACAGUAAAUUUAACUGCUUCAAGACGGAGAUCUGAAAGACUUCGUAAAUCUCUUUAGGACUCUCUUCAGGAUGUUAGAAGUGGGAAAGCACGUGCUUCUUCAUGGUCUUCUACCACUAGUGAUUCUGGCGACCUUGAGCGAAGCUCAAUUCCGGUGUCCAGAGCCUAAGGGUUUCUUCCCCGAUCCCGAACAGUGCGAUCUUUAUUACGCCUGCGUGGAUGGUCAGCCUGAGGAGAAACUUUGCAAGGAUGGACUCGUCUUCAGGGAUGAUAAUCCUAAAAAGGAACUCUGCGAUAUACCGGCGAAUGUGCCUUGCGGUGACCGCACGCUUUUGCAGGAGCCACAACCUAGCAAAGGCUGCCCGCGUGCAAACGGCAUUUUUAGCCACGAGGACCCGACUGCGUGUGACCGUUUUGUCAAUUGCAUCGAUGGAGUAGUACAAGUAGUGCCCUGCCCGCCCGAACUAAUCUAUGAACCCAAAAUGUCGAGCUGUGUUUGGCCGGCAGAUGCCAUUCGCCUAUGCGAAAACGUAAAACGCGAUAUCCUGGACGAUGGCUUUGUAUGCCCAGACGGCGACGUCGCCGGCCCGUCCGGCAGAAUCUUGCCGCAUCCCACGUAUCCGCAUCCCGAGGAUUGCGCCAAGUUCUAUAUCUGCAAGAACGGUGUAGUACCGCAAAAGGGCCAAUGCGAACCCGGCACCGUGUACAACGAGGACAGCUUCAGAUGCACGGAACCAGAAUCUGUGCAGGGAUGCGAGGAUUAUUACAAGCGUAAGAACUGAGUCGGAGAAACAAGUUAACCGCAACGUGUGUAAUGCUCAUCUUUUUACUCAUAGGAACAAUAAAUGCAUGCGAUACGCAUGCUUACGUAAAAGUUGCUGCAUGAUCUUUGCGAGAGCGAUCGCGCUUUCGCCCUUCCCGCGACGAAUCACUACC